AUGGUUGUGAAGGGGUUAUGGAGUCUUCGUUUAAAUGGGACUGCAAUUGAAGAAUUGCCGUCGUCAAUUAAAAAUCUUACAGAGCUUGUUACUUUGGACUUGAAAGGUUGCGUGAAGCUUAAAAGUCUCCCGAGCAGUAUCUGUCAACUCAAGUCCCUUAGAUAUGUUACUCUUUCUGGCUGCUCAAAUCUUGAGAAGUUUCCAGAGAUUUUAGAAGUUAUGGAAGAGCUCUGGUGCCUUUAUUUAGAUGGGACUGCAAUUCAGGAACUACCCUCGUCAAUUGAAAAUCUUUCCGGGCUGAAUACUUUGAAGCUAAAUGGUUGUCUAAGGCUUCAAAGUCUUCCAAGCAGCAUCUGCCAACUCAAGUCUCUUAGAAAUGUUUCUCUUUCUGGCUGCUCAAGUUUUGAGAAGUUUCCUGAGAUUUCAAAAGUUACAGAAGGGUUCACUUACCUUUGUUUAGAUAAGACAGCAAUUAAAGAACUUCCCUCAUCAAUUAUAAAUCUUUCCGGGGGUCGAAUCUUUGAACCUAGAAGCUUAAAAGUCUCCCGAGCAGUAUCUGUCAAACUCAAGUCCCUUAGAUAUGUUACUCUUUCUGGCUGCUCAAAUCUUGAGAAGUUUCCAGAGAUUUUAGAAGUUAUGGAAGAGCUCUGGUGCCUUUAUUUAGAUGGGACUGCAAUUCAGGAACUACCCUCGUCAAUUGAAAAUCUUUCCGGGCUGAAUACUUUGAAGCUAAAUGGUUGUCUAAGGCUUCAAAGUCUUCCAAGCAGCAUCUGCCAACUCAAGUCUCUUAGAAAUGUUUCUCUUUCUGGCUGCUCAAGUUUUGAGAAGUUUCCUGAGAUUUCAAAAGUUACAGAAGGAAGUUUCCAGAGAUUUCAAAUGGUUGUGAAGGGGUUAUGGAGUCUUCGUUUAAAUGGGACUGCAAUUGAAGAAUUGCCGUCGUCAAUUAAAAAUCUUACAGAGCUUGUUACUUUGGACUUGAAAGGUUGCGUGAAGCUUAAAAGUCUCCCGAGCAGUAUCUGUCAACUCAAGUCCCUUAGAUAUGUUACUCUUUCUGGCUGCUCAAAUCUUGAGAAGUUUCCAGAGAUUUUAGAAGUUAUGGAAGAGCUCUGGUGCCUUUAUUUAGAUGGGACUGCAAUUCAGGAACUACCCUCGUCAAUUGAAAAUCUUUCCGGGCUGAAUACUUUGAAGCUAAAUGGUUGUCUAAGGCUUCAAAGUCUUCCAAGCAGCAUCUGCCAACUCAAGUCUCUUAGAAAUGUUUCUCUUUCUGGCUGCUCAAGUUUUGAGAAGUUUCCUGAGAUUUCAAAAGUUACAGAAGGGUUCACUUACCUUUGUUUAGAUAAGACAGCAAUUAAAGAACUUCCCUCAUCAAUUAUAAAUCUUUCCGGGGUCGAAUCUUUGAACCUAGAAGAAUUGCCGUCGUCAAUUAAAAAUCUUACAGAGCUUGUUACUUUGGACUUGAAAGGUUGCGUGAAGCUUAAAAGUCUCCCGAGCAGUAUCUGUCAACUCAAGUCCCUUAGAUAUGUUACUCUUUCUGGCUGCUCAAAUCUUGAGAAGUUUCCAGAGAUUUUAGAAGUUAUGGAAGAGCUCUGGUGCCUUUAUUUAGAUGGGACUGCAAUUCAGGAACUACCCUCGUCAAUUGAAAAUCUUUCCGGGCUGAAUACUUUGAAGCUAAAUGGUUGUCUAAGGCUUCAAAGUCUUCCAAGCAGCAUCUGCCAACUCAAGUCUCUUAGAAAUGUUUCUCUUUCUGGCUGCUCAAGUUUUGAGAAGUUUCCUGAGAUUUCAAAAGUUACAGAAGGGUUCACUUACCUUUCUUUAGAUAGGACUGCAAUACGAGAAUUGCCGUUGUCAAUUAAAAAUCUUAAGGGUCUUGUUUCUUUGAACCUUAAGGACUGCAGAGAACUUAAGAGUCUUCCAAGCAGCAUAUGUCAACUCAAGUCCCUCAAAUAUGUCACUCUUUCUGGUUGUCCAAAGCUUGAGGUGCUUCCAAGUAUUUUAGAAAGUUUGGAUUUUUCCAAGCAUUACUGGAAUGAAAUCUUUGUAAUCUUUGAUCUUAUUUGCUGCUCAAAUAUUGGGAAGUUUCCAAGUAUUUCAGAAGUUAUGAAGGAGAGCAAUCAGUGCUCCACCAAAUAUGUGAGUGCAACUAAGUUUGGUCGGUUGGUUGUUGCUUCAGAUCUGAUUUUCUAUCAACCUGUUGAUGGAGUUGUGGCUGAUGGAGUUAAUGUGUUGUUGAUACCUUUGGGGCUGGAUUGUCUAUUUCUGGGAAAGUUUGGCUGUAGCUGCUUUUGGGGCUAUGGAGAUGGGUUUUUGUAG